CAUAAUUUUAAGACAAAGGUGAUAGAUUGAAUUGGAUGUCCUGUCCCCAAAAUUUCCCCCAAACUUCCUCUAUUACCUCAAAUCCACCUAAUUUCUCUCAAACUUCAAUCUUCAACUGCCAUAACUGUUUUUCCAUUGGAAAUCUGCUGCUAAUCGGAGUUGCAUGACGAGCGCUUCGGAGCUUUUCUACCAGCGCAGGUCUCGAAUUGGGCGUCAUUCCGAUUCAUUUGGCGUCGUCUCGGAUUUGGGCUCUCCACCGCCGCCUCUCUGGAUCAAUCGCCGCCGCCGCCACAACAACACCACCGUCGGAGGAAAUCACAGUCGCCGAGAUCCCGACGGCUGCAAUCCCUUGCGCCGCUCUCUUCAUCACCCGCGCCAGACCUCUUUCCAUCGCUCUUCUCAUCCACCUCCGGAACGUGAAUCGCUUCGACCUGAAGACGGCAACAACCUGUUUUCUCCAGGCAAUGUUAUCCAUCCUGAACCACAAGUUAAUCCACAAGACAGGCUGUCAUUAAGUGGGAAUGACAGGCUUCCUGGAGCCGUGCUGCUUGCUAGAGAAAGACUUCUGCAACGACUGAGAGGUGUUACACUCUCUGGUAGCAGGCGGAGUAACAGGAACUCAUCUAGUAGCCAACAUAGUGACUAUGCAAUGGGGGAUGACUUCAGGCUCGUGGAUGCUGGGGAUUGGGAAACAGAACUAUCUAGGGAGUGGCUUGCAGCAGCGGCUCCCUUACCCAGUUCAGUUGGCCAGCAUCUGAACAAGAGGCCUCCAGGACUUACUCAAGAGGCACUAAGCUGUUUGCCGGUCGAGGUAUUCUGUGUCUCAGAGGAAAGUGACGAACACCCCGCGUCUAGGGCAUCGAGAGAGUGUAGCAUAUGCCUGGAGAGUUUCUUGGUGGGAGAUCAGCUGAUAUGUCUACCGUGUGGGCACAGGUAUCAUUUUUGUUGCUUGGACCCCUGGGUUCGGACUUGUGCAGACUGCCCAUAUUGCCGUAGGAGUAUUGAUGUAACUUCUGGCAGAGUUAAAAAGGAUCCAGAAUGUUGAUCUGUUAGAACGCCUUUUCUAAUGCUAUUCACUAGUUUUUCCAUGUCUGUGUUAGUGUGUUGUGAUCGUUCUUCUGUAGCGUGUAUCGAGAAAUCUUGUCUUGUAAUAUUUUGUUUCAACUCUGAUGCCUAAUGUGACUCGAACACACUCGUUCCUCUUGUGAUAUAACACUUUUACUGCAUUCUGUUA